AUGCCUGAACGUACUUUCAAGUGCCUAAUAAUUGGAGACUCUCAAACUGGCAAGUCAAGCUUAUAUAGCCUGAGUCUUGCUAUAGCUCUAGCUGUGCUGAUGACUCCCAAUACCACUCAAGGAAUUAAUUUUACCCACAAAUCUUGGUUUGCUAACUCCCUGAGUUGCUUCAGAGUCAUCAGCACAGCCCUAAUUAUAACAGCACCCUGGCCAUAUCUCAGAUACUUCCAGCAAAAAUUUCAAGAAGAAUAUAAGCACACUUCAGGCGUUGAUUUCUCUAUAAGAUUUUUUAAUAAAAAUGAUGAAAUGAUGAGAAUGCAAAUCUUUGACACAGCUGGCCAAGAAAUGUUUAGAAACUAUAUUCGCUCGUAUUAUAACAAAACUGCGGCUGCAAUCUUUGUUUAUGAUGUAACAAGAAGAGAAACCUUUGAAAAUCUGAAUAAUUGGAUUGCUGAAGUAAGAGAAACGGCUUUAAGCAGUCUUGCGUCAGUUUUGGUAGGGAAUAAAGCUGAUUUAGAAAGAGAAAGAGAGGCUUUAUUUGAAGAAGGACAAAAAUUUGCAAAUGACUGUGGAAUGAUAUUUUUGGAAACUUCAGCGAAAAUCGGGUUAAAUGUGGAUAGACUUUUUAAUUUUUUGGCAGUUGAAUUAUCAGCAAGUAUCAAAAUAGAAAGAAGAAUGGCAGAAAAAGAAAAUGAGACUGAAGAGAUAAUGGGUAAUGAAUAA